UCUGCAACAACUCCAUGUCCGUGCUCUCAACUCUCUUGCUAGAGCGAGGGAGUUUUUUUGUUUUUUGAUUGUUUUAGGAGAGGGAGAGGGAGAGGGAGAGAGUUCUUUUGUUGUGUGAGAAUGUUGGGAGUGUUCAGCAGCACGAUCGUUUCUCCACCGGAAGAGCUUGUGGCCGCCGGUUGCCGUACUCCGUCCCCAAAAAUCACGGCGUCAGCGCUGGUGAACCGCUUCCUUGGGAGCAAUGACUCAGCCGUGUCCUUGCAGAUCGGAGACCAUGUCCAACUGGCGUAUACUCACAAGAACGAAUCCCCUCUGCAGCCCAGAUCAUUUGCUGUAAAGGAUGAGAUCUUUUGCUUGUUCGAGGGAGUGCUUGACAACUUGGGAAGUUUGAGGCAGCAAUAUGGACUUUCGAAGUCGGCAAAUGAGGUGAUUUUGGUCAUUGAGGCUUACAAGACUCUUCGUGAUCGGGCUCCCUACCCUGCUAAUCAUGUUGUUGGCCACCUCAGUGGGAAUUUUGCUUUCAUCGUCUUUGACAAGUCCACCUCCACCUUGUUUGUGGCUUCUGAUCAAUUUGGAAAGGUCCCUCUCUAUUGGGGAAUCACCGCUGAUGGAUAUGUGGCCUUCGCAAAUGAUGCUGAAUUACUUAAGGGUGCUUGUGGCAAGUCACUUGCUUCUUUUCCUCAAGGAUGUUUCUUCUCCACUGCAGUGGGAGAACUGAGAAGCUAUGAGAAUCCUAAGAACAGGAUCACCGCAGUUCCUGCUAGGGAAGAAGAGAUCUGGGGUGCUACCUUCAAGGUGGAAGAGCCAUCUCAGUUGUUGCAGCCACAGAGUAGCUAGAGGCCAGUUCUUAUCUAUGAGUGUUCAUAUCCAUGUGUCCAUCCGGUAGAGAAAAAAAAGGUAUUUCGAGUGGUUGUAAAUGUGAGUGGUGCUUAAGGAGGUUCAUAAACAGUGUUAACUAUCGAUCCGUAGAAUGGGCUGCUAAAACGCCAUGCUUUAGUAGCAACUUCUUUGUAGGUAGUAGCUUUUUAUCUUCUUGGGUGCUUUGCUUUCUAGUUAGCCCCUUGCUCAAGCUACUUAUGUAUAGUUGGUUUUCUGUUUCAAUAAAAGUUUGUUUGAAUGUUUUAAAACCACAUUAAUGGCAUCUGUCUUCCUUCUGCA